GAUGUCAAGUGCGGACAACAAUGCGGCGGAGUCAUGCCUGAGCAUUGCCAAUGGACGUGGCGCAGAUGGAGUGGUCCGGUAUUCACAACAGUUUCUAACUGCCUUAGCCGAGUCCCCUCUGUGCAAGGUGACUCUGAAACUGGAUCUCUUCCAGCGAGAUGAGAAUGGCAAGGUCUCGUUCGUCAAUCCGGAGAUGGGUAGUUCACACGACGCCACCGGGGGCCAGGACAGAACUCACCGCAUGACAUCGGCUAGCAGCACCGACAACAGUAAGAAACUAUGGGCCAAGGGUCAGCGUGACACGGAUGACGAUGGAUUCACUAGCCAGCGCAGAACCAAGUAUGCCUCGAAUGACGCGGAUACCAAAGAUGAUGGCGCCCGAGAACUUAAACCGUUCUUUGGUGAACAGAAAGCGAGAGGACGCGGCAGUCACAUAAACAGUACAUCGGACUCUUCGCGGGCAACGCUGUUACGGUCCCAAAGUCAAAACGCAAAUUCUGGAAACGGGUUUCUAGGGGGAUCGUCAAACGCGGGAGUGUCAAAGAAUGGCGAGCGCGAUUUAUUCGAGGAAUCAUAUACGAACAAAUCACAUGACAGAGACACCAAGACAUACGACAGGGAUGGUAGGGAUAAGGACUCGCGAGACCGCUCCGACAGAAAUAAGCGCAACCCUCGCGACUCCAAAAGCGAUCAAUUCGGCAAACAUGGCCGUCAGGAGAGGUCUUACGGCGAACGAUCAAGGCACCAGUCCAAUCAACCGUCAUGGAUGGAUGACGAAGCGGAAGGAGAUAUGGUCAUGCCGCAGCGUGAUCUGAUUGCGGAAGAGAGGGCCAAUCAGAAGGGCAAGGAUCAGAAAGCCACCAAAGCCGCAGAUACGUCUGGUGAUGCGUCCAGCAAGACUCUGAAGAAAGAAUCACGAGGUGAAGAAAACAUCGAGGAGUCUGAAGCUGGUCAGAAGAAAGAAAUCACUACAUCCCAGUCAUCAAUAAAUAGUGCUUCGUCUGGUUCACGCUUCUCGAGAUUUUUUGGAGAUGAAAAUAAGACUGGGGCCGAGGGCACAACCGCAGAGUCAGGCACGAUCACGACAAGCACAUCUACUUUGGAUGGUGGCGUCGAAAAUCAUGUGCCCGUUCAGUCGGAACCGCCAGGGCUAUCCAAAUUCAGUCGCUUCUUCAGCGUCGACCCCAACAACACGUCACAGCCCAUGCCGCCCAUGCCACCCAUGCAUUCUCCAAACGCACCCUACGGCCCUCCUAUGUCUGCGUCUCACACUUCGGCGGGUCCCCCGGGGCUUCCCGGGACACCACCAGGACUCGCAAUGACGCCGCCGGGACUUUCGAGUGUACCGCGUGGUAUUCCCGUGACUUUCGAUUCAAUCAUGAGCUCAGUAGGCGCCGCAUCCAGGGCGGCAAAUGCCGGCCCCAACAACCGAGCGGAAAGUUUUACUUCACCACAUCCACACACAAGUCCCAAGCCAGCAUCGUCAUUUGCUGUUCCAGCGGCGAUCAACAUGGGGCAUACCCAGAGAUCACCAGACCACAUGAAUAGAGGGGAGCAAUUGAAUUCAGAGCAUCUGUCGAGACCCUACGACAUGCUAAGUGUCGGUCAUGGCUUACCUCAGCAGAAUUCGCUCCAGGGCUUACCUGAUAGUCAACAAAAUGACUACGCGUCCAAUUCUACCCAAUUGCAUAUUCCUAAUAACACACAGCCAACCGAUGAGCACACCCGCCAGCCGCAACACGCAGAUGCUCAGCAGCAGCCUAUGGGAAACAAACAUCAGCAAUCCACGAACACUCAACAACAGACGAUGGGUGCACAGCAGUACCCAAUGAAUACUCAGCAGUCGCCAAUGGGAGACACGCGACCACCCACAAAUGCAGGGGAGACUGGAGAUACCGAACAGACGGCAAAUUUCCAAGAAAUGCAACAGCGCCAGAACCAACCGCAAUCAGCUAUGCAGCAGCAGCAGCAACCCAUGGGCUAUGGGAGUCACCCGUCAAACAUGCACCACAAUAUGCAGCAUCCGCCGCAAAUGCAGCAACCAUACUAUGGAGGGCCGUACCACAACAACAACCAACAGCAGAUGGGCCAACAGCCUAUGCAAGGCUGUUACAACAAUGCACCGCCACAACACCAGUACAAUCAUUACCCACCGCAGCAGAUGGGCUACGGCCAACCACCAUAUGGAAUGCCACCCCCACCAGGCAUGCCACCCAUGCAGCAGGGACCACGCAAAAUGGGCGGCUUCAUGCCCACGUCUGUGCUCAAAGCAAAGAAGAAAAAGUCAGUGGCCACUGAUGUGAAUUCAAACUCCAGAGCGAAUACUCCGACGACUCCAAAAGCAAGCGCUCCUCUCACACCUACCAUGGAUAAUCCAUUGUCCCCUAACCGUCCUUCAUCGCCCGACCAGCCUAUGACCUCCGUUGCCCAAGGCCCGCCUAAUCGGGGCCAGCCCACAGGAGGGCAUUGGGGCCAACCCAUGUACCCACAACACAUGCCCGCCCCACCGCCUGGAAUAGGACAGCCACAUAUGCAGCCGCCACAGCAUAUGCAACAACACGGUUCCCCGCAACAUUCGUAUGGCAUGUACGGGCCAAAGCAACCACCACAGCCAAUGUACAAUCAACACCCAUCCCAAGCACCACAUCUGCAAGGUCAGCUGCAACACCCCAUGCCGCAACCGGUGAACUUAUCUCAGCUGUUCAGUCAGGCCUCGGUUCCUACCAAUUUGCCGCCCUUACAUUUGGAUAUGAAUACGCCUGGAAAAUCUAUGACAGUUGAGGAACUGGAAGCUAGAAGGAAUUAAAUAAUGGUGUUCUCGAUCCGACUUUGGCUCGUAGUAUACUUGGUCAAUGUAUCGCGGUAUUUGCCAUCUCAUACUCCAG